UAACCUCCGACCUCUUGACUUCUCUUUCAUCGACCACAAAGUCUUUUGCUGGAUUAUUUUCACGUUAUGCCCCGUCUCGAAUCUUGGAGCAUCAUUCAGCCUAACUUGUCUCACCCAGAAAGCUACAAGUACCCACCACUGAUUCCCCUAGAUGCCCCACCUAUUCCCACAGUGCUUCCCCAGCUCCCAUCCCAACAGCGUUCUCCUGCAUGGCUGCCCGACGGAUGGACCCAUACGACCCAUAUUAUCCCAGCGGCCUACCCUCGCUCUUCUCCUGAUGCAGUACUCCCAGAGUUAGCCUUUGACGCCAAUUCCAGCAAAUCUGAUAGACAAAAGCUAACGGCCGAGAGACUAGAACAACUGCUAGCACUGCGAGAGAAGGAGAAUGGCCAUACUACCCGUAACGACAAGCUCUUGUGGCUCUGUUUCAAUAGAUACGCUCGGAAGAACACGGAUGGCAAGGGUCUGACCCUUUUCUUCGCUCACGCUAAUGGAUUUUGUAAGGAGAUAUGGGAGACCACUAUUUCCUCCUUUCUCUCGUCGAGAUCCGAACGAUACCUAUCCGAAAUGUGGGUCUGGGACGCUGUCAAUCAGGGAGAUUCAGCAUUGUUAAAUCAAGGAAAACUUAAUUCCAUGUGCCAUUGGCAUGAUCCCACUCGCGAUAUUCUCAAUUUCUUGCUUCAUCAUAUACCCUCGAAGCCGUCCCUCUCCCUCCCAACGCACCUCUCACGUGUCACCUCCGCGGAAUCGACCCUUCGCAAGUCUCAGGGAUUUUCCGAUCGGAAGGUUGUUAUGGUCGGGCAUUCAUUUGGUGGGGCAGUUAGCACCUUGGCAGCACUUGACUGCCCGGUUCUUUUUAAUUCCCUUUUUCUCGUUGAUCCCGUUAUUAUAAAGCCUGGGUCUCCGCGCUCAUAUGACCUCAUGCGCGGUGCGCUAACUCGUAGAGACAGGUGGAAAAACAGGGAAGAGGCUAUCUCUCAACUGCUAUCUUCCCCGUUUUUCCAGAGAUGGGAUCCGGAUGUCGUGAAGUCCUAUGUCAACUUUGGCAUGUAUGAGACGGAGGAUGGUCAAGUCACCCUGAAGACUCCUUCGUUACAGGAGGCGAUCAUGUUUGUCGAUACAUGUACUGGCUGUUAUGAGGCAUGGGUUAGAUUGUACAGGGGCGAGCUAGACGAGCGCAUAGAAGUACGAUGGGUGGUUCCUGGCUUUGGAGAGAUAGAGUUGGGCAUGCCUGGAGCAACCCAAGAGCGUGUUUCCCUUCGGAAGGACGCGUCGAAUGUCUUGAUUGAUGGGGCUGGACAUCUGAUCGCCCAAGAGAGGCCAAAGGAGCUGGCAAUGGAAUUAUCCCUUUUCUUGGAAAGGAAGUACGGAAUGGUUCAAGCAAAUCUAUAGCUGUGUUAGAAGAUGGAAGACCAAUUAUAUAUCAAGUAUCAGGUGAUAGUAGAUGAACUGGCUAAGAAUGGAUGGCGUUAAGUACUCUAAAGGAUAAAUAUCCAACACUAGCGCCGCCAGCAUAUAUAGCGAGUCGUAUCGCAAAAGGAU